UUGAUUUUUCGCAAACUGAUUUGUUAUAAAAUUCAAUUCCUGUAUAAUUCACAGUUGUGUUAAAAGCGGCUCGUUGUAUGUGGAUAAAACUUAAUUGUAGUGAAUCUAUUUUGAAACAAUUGUUUAUGAAGCAACAUAAUGGAAAUCCCCAUACAUCCACUAACUAAUGACCCGACUGCCGCAUGGAAGGAGAUAUCUAAGAAUCAACGCGUUAUCAAAGUUACAAUGAAGCCGCCGCAAGUUAAUGUUGCAUUUAACAAAGCACGCGUAGUUGCCAUGAGUGACACUCAUAGUUUGACUCCUUACAUAAAGUUUGAGAUACCAGAAGGAGAUAUUUUUAUACAUGCUGGUGAUUUCACAAAAUGUGGCCAAUUAGAAGAAGUUGUGGAAUUCAAUAAAUGGUUGGGUACAUUGCCUCAUAAGCACAAAGUUGUUAUCGCAGGAAACCACGAAUUAAGCUUUGAUAAAACUUUUACGCACCCAUUUCAAAAUAAAAACAGCACGGAUCGCACAAAACUGACAGGUUUAUCUGUACUAGACGACUUACCUACUUUAGGAAAUGCCAAAGAAAAUAUUGAGAGCGCAAUACAAACUCAAAAUAUUCGGGACAUACUGACCAAUUGUAUUUACUUGGAAGACGAAAUGCUUGAUAUUUAUGGAGUGCGUAUAUAUGGUAGUCCUUGGCAACCCGAAUUUUGCAAAUGGGCAUUCAAUGUACCACGAGGACGUGCUUGCUUAGACAAAUGGGAUCUAAUACCUGAAGGCAUCGAUAUAUUGAUUACACAUACACCACCAGUUGGUCAUGGAGAUCUAUGCUGUUCUGGUGUGCGGGCAGGUUGUGUCGAACUAUUGACUACCGUACAAAAGCGUGUUAGACCCAAAUAUCAUGUUUUCGGUCAUGUACACGAAGGCUAUGGUAUCACCUCUGAUGGUCGAAUUAUAUAUGUUAACGCCUCUACUUGUGACAUUAACUAUAUACCUAAUAAUCCGCCCAUAGUGUUUGAUGUUACACUGCCUCCUGGCAUGCGUAAGAUAUAGAACUUGUUUUAUAUCCAUGCAAUAUGUUUGCUCACAACAAUGGUGAAUUUGUAACGAAUUUUGUGAUUUUUUAUAUUUUAAUCAUUUUUAUGAUA